AUGUCCGACUGGGUGCUCCUGGGGCUGAUCGCGGCACUGGUCACGCUGCUGCUGCUGACCGUCUUCGGUUUCGUGGUGUACUCGGGACUCUUCGCAGAGGUGGUGGUGAGCGCCGGCUCCCCGCCUGUCGGCAGCAUCACGCUGGCCUACAAGUUCAGGGUGGGCCCCUAUGGGGAGUCGGGGCAGCUCUUCACGGACGGCUGCAGCAUCUCGUCGAAGCUCUGCUCCAUUGGCGUCUACUACGACAACCCUCACACG